AUGUUCACUUCUUCCAGCUUUCCAUUUAAAUUUGCCUCGUACAGAAAGAACAUGGCCUCUUCAAAGAGCAGAGCCACACUUCUUACAAGCUUUUCCUGUUCCCACUACCCUCUUGUGGUGAUGAUCGGCUCCAUGUUUGAAGAUCAGCUUGUUCUUUGUAAAAAAGACUCCGACGAUAGGCUCAUGGUGGAGGACUUGGCCAUAGAGUGCGAAAAUCAUGAAAUGACGCUGGAAAAUUUUAUAGAUAACUUCAAGAAGAGCGAUGGGUUGGAUUUUAUAGUGAUUAGAGCGCCGGCAUACUUUUUAAUUACACGGCAAAGGGAGGGUAAGGUUAAAAUAUACAUGACAAGUUCAGAAAACUACGUCGAGGUAUUUUCGGAUCCUGAGGAGUUCUUUGGAAAGUAUCAAGAGGUAAAUAAAAACUAUUCAUGCAUAUUCGAUAUAGACAUUCUUGGGGAGAGUAGCAUAGAAAAAAAUGGCAAAGAGGCUGCCGGGCCAGAUGAAGUAGAUGAGACCGUAAUAGAGCUAGAAGAGCCCAUUAAUGAUGAGCAGUUUAAUAAAAUCAUUGAAGAAGACCCGAAUCUCCGAGUUAUCAGGAUUGGGAAGCUCAAAGAAGAUGUUCUUGAGUUUUUAAGGUUUCCGUUGGAGGCCAUGAGUACUGACAAACUAAGUAAGAUUUUGGUUGCAGCAGACGACAGUGCCUAUUCUUAUAUCGAAAUACUGGGCAAGACCAAGAUUGCUGGAGUGAGAAAAGAAAAUGAAAUUGUUUGGUUUGUAGAGGUGUCAUGUGGUCCUUCUGAGGAGCACGAGUAUAUAAAAGAGCUGAAUACACUGUUUUUGCCAUUCCUUGGCCAUGAAGACGGAGAAUCUGAAGCAUGA